GCGCGUUGUGUGUUGUUAUCUGUCAUUGCGUAAUGAUUAUUAUGCAAUUUAUGAAAACGAGACGGUUCUGUUCAUCGCGUCUCGAAAACAGUACAAACGUGACGGCGGAUCAAAACGCUGUGAGAAUUUUUUAUUUUAAAGGCAAGAGAAAGAUGUGAGCGGCAAUUCAUCGGGGGAUUGAGACGAGAAGAUUUUUCACGACGAAGUUUCUUCUCGCGACCGAGAGAUGAGAUCGUGCUGUGGCGUGACUUUUAGGUUAUAAAAACUCAGCGUUCGGGCUGACAGUUUUGAUGACAACCGAUGUAAACAGCAAAACAGCGUCUCGUGCACCGUCGGUCGAGUUUUAUGAAAACGUAACGCGGACCUUAUGUAUUGGAAUAAAAUGACAACCGGUGCUGUGCGAGAAGAAAUGCCACUUAGCUCGAUAAGUCACGUCGCGUCAUCUCCCGCCGACACGGCGGAGAGCGUAAAUCCUGGCACGAGCACGCAAAUACCGUCGACUUGCUGCUGCACUCCUCCGCCGUCCUACCCUACCAUUAAUGUACCACUCGCGCAUUCUGCGAUGAUCAACGAACGUGGUGCACCGCCUUCCUACGAAGAAGCAAUAGAUCCCAAUGCACCACCGCCGUCUUACGAUUCGCUGUUCGGUCGUAUGAGAGAAGCUCGUAAAAUAUCCAAAGGCAUAUUUGACUUUCUAAAGAAUAUCAUCUGCCUACUGCUGGGCACUAUUGGGUGUACCAUUAUUCUUGGGGUGACAAUAGUGGUACCGAUCUGCAUGAUAGUGAUUGGAGGACUUUAUCUCUACGAUUGCCCACAGGGCGAAUACAUUCCUGUGUAUUUGUUGGUAGGCGGUGGGUUCGGUGUGUUCAAGCAAUUGUUAACUGUCUCAGCUAAAGUGCGACAACGUCCGGAAGAAAGAGACGAGGAAAGAAUGAGACAAUCACCCACACAAAUCUUGAUCAAUUGUUUCAUGCUUGGGUGGUUCAUCAUUGGUUCUUUGUGGGUGUACAAGGAGUACGAGCCAAAUUACGAUCCGGCGCUGGGAAAGUACUGCAACAAGACGUUAUAUUUAUUUGCCUUUUGGCUAAUCACGUCAGUUUAUAUAUGUCUAGGUGUAAUAAUGGCUGGUUUGUGCAGCAUUUCGGUAGCUAGUAUCGCGUUUCAAAGACCAACGCCGGAACUCAUGUGAGGCAAUGGUGGCUCAGUUACUUCAUGUCCGGGUUUACAAAAUGACGUACGUCUAAGAUCUGUGUAAGAGAGACUGCAUUAAGGUUAAAGUCGGGAAAGACUGUGUCAGUGUGAGAACAAUACUCUCUGUGCGCUGAAACGCGGAAAAAUGAUCGCGAUCUCGUGUUGCGCACAAUUUUUUAUCUUUUGUGAGGGUGGCGGGAAUGUCGUCGUCUUUGUCUUCACCGAUCGAUAAUAAACGAUCGAGUGUGUGACUUGUGCUUUUUUUUUUUUAUAUUAAAUCGGAGGUAUGGGAGAUGUUCUGGUUUUUGAUACAAAACGCCACAAGCGAAUACACGGGGGGCAAAUCUCGUUUCGGGAGCAAGUCGACACGAGUGACUUGAGUGAUAGUACGGACAUGUCCACUGAAUUGCAUCGCAUAAAAGAAAACAUUUCGUCCACGUUUACGUACCUGAGAUGAUUAAACGAAAGAAACAUACAUAGACCAUUCGCGAUGUGCAUUAACGCGAUAAAUUUUAAUCAACGCAUAAUAUGACUUCUAGUUUCAAGAUCGGAAUAUUAUUUAGAAUUAUUUAAGCAAUUACUUUUAACAUUAUUUAUAAAAAAAACUUAUUUAUAUCUGAACUUUCAAAGAAGAACUGGUGCGAAUAACGCGAUUACUCUCGCAUACUUAUUCGACUCGGACGCGAAAUUCACUUGAAAAUACACUCGAAGAGAUUAUUAAUAAUAUACAUCGAAGAGAGAUUAUCUAGACUAGAAUACGAAAGCGAAGCAAAGAUGAAGCAAAAAAAAUAAAAAAACAAAAACAAAAUUGCUCCGAAUUAAAGGCUGUGUAUCACGAUACUCGCAAAGAUUUCAAUCUUGUGCCAAGCGGAUGCAGAGUCGCAGACCAAAGUAUUUUACUAUCGCACAGUGUUGCUCGCACUAGCUGGUGCGUUUGAGAUUUUUACAAAUUCGUCGUUACACUCGCUCGAAGAAUUCGUUCUCGAGGUGAGUAAGUAAAAGCAACAAAAACAAAUCGCGCUCGAAGGUGAUUUCGAACCGGCGCGACAUUGUCGACGACAACGUAAGUUAAAAACAAUCUCGUUCUGUCGGUUGCUGCCAGACAAAAAAAGAGGAAAAAUACAAACGAGAUAACUUGCGUUAUCGACAAUGUUACGCGGAUCUAAAUACAGCUCGAAGAUUGCACGUGUUUACACACACCACUUAGAUACGGUCUAACGUAACUUCUGCGACGCAGAAUUAAAUGUUAAUUAUCGCACGCGUCGCGAUACCAAUCGCGUUCUUCGAUUAAUAUAAUAAAAAAAUAUACUUCUCGUUCAAUGUUAUAAAUACUUUACGAACUUGACGCUUCGCAAAUCGAGCGACCAUUUAAUUCUGCUUUCACGUGACUCGUAACGAUUUAUAUUGUUGUAAAACAAAAAAAAAAAAACAAAAAAAGACUGCACGCGAUCUUGCGGAGACACAAUUCAUAAGUUUGUUCGUUCUCUCCUCCGUCCUUUUACGCUUCUACCUUUACCGGGAUAUCUUUCGAUAGUAUUAAACUUGUUUCGAUUAUAAACACACAUACACACGCGUCGAUUCAUGAUUUGUCUCAUUAAGUAUAUAAGUCGCGAAAAAAAAAAAAA